AUGAUCAACGUUCGCAACCUCGCAGUCUUCCUCGGAGCUCUGCUCCCCGCUGUCCUUGCAGCUCCCGCUCCCAUCACCAAGAAGGACGACAUCAUCCCUGGAAAGUACAUCGUCACCCUCAAGCCAGAAGUCGAUGCUGCUGCCGUCGAGUCCCACCUUACCUGGGUCAACGAUGUUCACAAGCGCAGCCUCAAGCGAGGCACCGCGGGUAUCGAGAAGAACUACGAGAUCAAGGACUGGAAGGCUUAUGCCGGAGAAUUCGACGAGGCCACUAUCGCUGAGAUCAAGGCCAGCCCUGAUGUCGCCCUCGUUGAGCCUGACACGAUCGCCUAUCUCUGGUACGAUGUCGAGGAGGUCCACGAGGACAAACUUGAGAAGAAGGCUUUGACUACCCAGACUGGUGCUACCUGGGGUCUUGGCGCCAUCAGCCACCGCUCUGGUGCCCCUACCUCGUACAUCUACGACACCACCGCUGGAGAGGACACCUACGCCUACGUUGUAGACUCCGGUAUCCUCGUCGCACACAACCAGUUCGGUGGCCGUGCUACUCUUGGGUACAACGCCGUCGGCGGAACCCACACUGACACUCUCGGUCACGGCACCCACGUCGCCGGCACCAUCGGUGGCAGCACCUACGGUGUUGCUAAGAAGACCAACCUGAUCUCUGUAAAGGUCUUCCAGGGCAGCUCGGGAACCACCUCCACCAUUCUUGACGGUUUCAACUGGGCCGUCAGCGACAUUACCUCCAACAGCCGUGGCGCCCGCUCCGUCAUCAACCUGUCUCUCGGUGGCCAGGCUUCUACCACCUGGACCAAUGCCAUUCAGGCUGCCUACUCUCAGGGCGUCCUAUCCGUCGUCGCCGCCGGCAACGGCGAUCAAAGCGGCAACCCGCUCCCCGUGUCCAGCCAGUCGCCCGCCAACGCACCUAACGCCCUCACCGUCGCCGCCGCCGACUCGAGCUUCCGCCCAGCCUCGUUCACCAACUACGGCGCCGGCGUCGACAUAUUCGCCCCUGGUGUCAGUAUCCUGUCUUCCUACAUCGGCAGCAACUCGGCCACCGCCACUCAAUCCGGUACCUCGAUGGCUGCUCCUCACGUCGCCGGUCUGGCCGUCUACCUCCAGGCGCUCGAGGGCCUGUCCACCCCUGCUGCCGUCACCGAGCGCAUCAAGGCCCUUGGCAUCGCCAGCCGCAUCACUGGCACCCUUAACGGCAGCCCCAACCUGUUCGCCUACAACGGCAACGGCGCGUAA